CCGAAUCUCGAAAUUCACGCAUUUUUAGAUCCUCACGUGUUUUGGAUUCUGUUAAAAUUUCGAAUCACUUUUCAUCAUGGAUUCAAACCAUUUUGAGAUUUCUUUAUCGGAUAAAUACAAAUCUCAAUUAAAAGAUAUCAAAUCAAAUUUGAUUUCGGGUGAUAGACGAUUGGCUGUCAUUUUAUUGGAUAAAAUUAUUCCACAUAUCGACACUGAUUUGUUCCUGGAACAUGUACUAUUUCUAUUACAAAAUCUUGUGAAAAAUUUGGAAACAUCGAAUGACCAGGAUGAUCAGAUUUUAUGUAUACGAGCUUUGAAUCAAAUUUUGAUUAAAAUAUAUGAUGUAAAUAUACCAAAUUUUACUCGAGAAUUGGGCCUAACAAUUAUCCCGAACAUGAUCAAACGUUUGAUGCAAUUUCGUUCUUAUGAAGUGGUUUAUGCUGCUAAUUGUUUAAGUAUAUUGGCCACAUUAUUUCCAACCUUAAUAGCUGCAAAUCGUCAAGCAAUCGAAAAACGAAUCUUUCAACUUGUUGAUUCAAUUCAACAAUCAGAAAAUGAUAAUCACGAACUUUUAAAGUUAUUGGGAUUUUGUUAUUGCAAAAUUUAUCUAUCUGGCCCUACAGCAUUGAUGACUCGAUGGCGUGAAAUCAUUUCUAAACUUAUCAAUUCAUUUUUGACAUUUGCAAAACAUCCAGUUUUUUCACAUAUAAUGAAACCGAUAAAAAUGUUCUACUUUAAUGAUAGCGGACCAUUAGAAAUGUUCAUAUCAGAUAAUAAGUCCGAUUAUUCAUUAUCAAUGACAAAAAAAUUAUAUUUUAUUUCUGCUGUUCUUUGUUCGGCGAUAACAGGACAAUUUCAAAUGAAAUUACCAUUACCAAUUGAAGCAAUUAUUGAAUGUUUAAAUUUGAUGAUGAUCAUUUCGACAACUAAAUCACCGACAAAUGCACAACAAAAAAAAGAACCAAACAUUCAUACAUCAUCGAUAAUUUUACAAAAUGUUUUCAUCAUAUUACGAGCAUUAAUUAUUACUUGUCAAUCAAAUAUUCUUUGCUAUUCACGAUUAAUUAUUCAUAUUGUUAAUGUUACAAUUGAAUGGAUGAAACAACAACCAUUGGCAAUUUCCACUCAAUCACAUCUGUUUUCCGAACUAAGAUGUUCAGUGCUGAAAUUUUUAACUGAUUAUUUCGAAACUCUUCGUUUGAAUACCUGUUUAUCUAAUACUGAAUUUGAAAUUAUUCUUAAUUUUAUUCUUGAAAAAAUCCCUAUCAUUGAAUCCGUUCCAUUCGAUGAUGAUUCAUCCAACACUAUUUAUUCGAUUCGUUGUCUUAAUUCAUUGAUAAAUAAUAGCUCAAACAUCGUGGACAAAUCAUCUUGGCGAAAAAUACAGAAUUUAGUCAUUCCUACAUUGUUUCAAAUAUAUCGAAAAUGGUUCUGUUUAAAUAAUUCAUAUAAAAAAAAUAUUUGUCGUCAAGAAUUAUUGGAAACUGUUCGAUUAAUAUUGAUUAAUCUUGAUGUUGAAAAUGAUGUUCCACUUGAAGCUAUAAUUAGUGUUAUGGAAGAAGCAAAUCGAUUAGAAAAUUCUUCCAAGAUUCGACAACUAAUCACAAGUACAAUUCAUCUUACCAAUUAUGUACUUUUAUCACGAAUCCCGAUAAAAAAUGAAAUGUUAGAAUUGAAUUCAACCGAAACAGAUGAAAAUUCUAUCAUUUUUGAUCAUCAUCUUGAAAAUGACCAAAAGCGUAAAGCUAUUGAUGAUGAUGAAAAAGAAUUAGAUAUGGAACUUAUUCCUUCAUCCAGUAAACAGCUUAAAACACUCAUAGAAAUUGUCAAUGAUGAUGGUAUUACUAUGGAAGAAUCAAACAAUGACAAACAACAACAAAAUAUGAAUAAUAGUCAAAUGGAAAUCGAUAUGAAUGAUGAAAAAAGUAAAUCUUUUGAAAUUGUUGAUAGUAGUAGUAAUGAUGAUGAUGAAGAAGUAGUUAUUCCAUCUUCGAGUCAACAGCUUAUGUCGAUUACUAACAACAUAAAUGAAUCAUCCAAUAACCAACAACAACAACAAUCAAAUGAACAAAUUACAAUAACGAUAGAGGAUUCAUCGGAUGAUGACCAUGAACAGAUAAUGGUCGACAAAAAGAAAUCCAAUGAAACAAAAAAUAUUGAAGAUGACGAUGAGAUAUCACUUACAUUAAAACUUCUUGUCGAUUAAUUUUUUUGUUUUCAUUUUUUGUUUUAUUUAUUGUAAUGUAAUUUUUUUCAACUUUUUAUACAAUUCAUAUUCAAAAUUAACAUUGUUAUAAUUUAGAAAUAACAAUUAUUAUUUUCAUUA